AUGAAUCCUUAUUUUGUUGGCCUUCUUGUGCCCAUCGCGGUCUCUCUUCUGCUCCAGAAAAGGAGAAAGGUUGAAAAGAAGAGGGGUGUGCCAGUUGAUGUUGGUGGAGAGCCUGGCUAUGCGAUCCGCAACCAUCGGUUUGAACGCCCUGUUGAAACACACUGGGAAGGGGUCAACACACUUGCUGAGCUGUUUGAGCAUGCUUGCAAAGAGUAUCUCUACAUGCCCCUCCUUGGCACAAGGAAGCUCAUUUCAAGGGAAAUAGAAUCAUCACCUGAUGGGAGGUCCUUUGAGAAGCUUCAUCUGGGGGAGUACGAGUGGAAAUGUUACGCUGAGGCCUUCAAGAGUGUUUGCAACUUUUCUUCAGGAUUGGUCAAUUUAGGUCGCCAGGACAAUGAGCGUGUUGCUAUUUUUGCUGAGACACAGGCUGAGUGGCAGAUUGCACUGCAGGCAUGCUUCAGACAAAACAUAACAGUUGUCACCAUCUAUUCCUCGUUGGGGGAGGAAGCACUAUGCCACUCACUAAAUGAGACUGAGGUCACUACUGUAAUAUGUGGUCGGAAGGAAUUAAAGAAGUUGAUUGAUAUAGGUUGGCAACUUGACACUGUCAAGCGUGUGAUCUACAUCAAUGAGGAAGGCAUCUCGGCUGAAGUUUCUAUAGCUCAAAACAGCACUAGCUGGUCAGUUAAGUCAUUUGAGGAAGUAGGUAAAUUGGGAGCUGAAGCACCUGUUGAUGCAAACAUGCCUCUCCCAUCUGAUGUUGCGGUGAUAAUGUACACAAGUGGUAGCACUGGAUUGCCCAAGGGAGUUAUGAUGACCCACCGCAAUGUCCUGGCUACACUUUCAGCAGUUAUGACCAUUGUGCCUGAACUUGGCAAAAAGGAUAUAUACAUGGCCUACCUCCCACUGGCGCACAUUCUUGAGUUGGCAGCUGAGACACUUAUGGCUGCUGUUGGGGCCUCCAUUGGAUAUGGAUCAGCUUUGACCCUGACUGAUACAUCAAGCAAAAUAAAGAAGGGGACCCUAGGCGAUGCUUCUGCACUGAGGCCGACACUGAUGACUGCUGUACCUGCUAUACUUGAUCGUGUCCGUGAUGGUGUGAGAAAAAAGGUGGAUGCAAAGGGUGGUGUAGCGAAGAAAUUAUUUGACAUUGGAUAUAGCCGCCGACUUGCUGCUAUCAAUGGAAGUUGGCUUGGUGCAUGGGGAGUAGAGAAACUGUUGUGGGACAGGCUUGUCUUCACGAAGGUGCGUGCAAUAUUGGGAGGAAAUAUUCGCUUUGUACUCUCAGGUGGAGCACCCCUGUCCGGAGACACUCAGAGAUUUAUCAAUAUAUGCCUUGGCAUGUUUAAGUCCCGUAUUUUGAUAGGCUUAUGCAAUUUCAGGGCUCCAAUAGGCCAAGGGUAUGGUCUGACUGAAACUUGUGCUGGAGGAACGUUUUCUGAGUAUGAUGAUACAUCUGUGGGCCGUGUUGGUGCUCCACUACCUUGUUCAUAUAUUAAGUUGAUUGACUGGGCUGAAGGCGGAUACUUAACAACGGAUUCACCAAUGCCUCGGGGGGAGAUAGUCAUCGGAGGUCCCAAUGUAACUAAAGGUUAUUUCAAGAAUGAAGCUAAAACAAGUGAAGUCUAUAAGGAUGAUGAAAGAGGUCUACGAUGGUUCUAUUCUGGAGACAUAGGGCGUUUCCAUCCAGAUGGCUGCCUUGAAAUCAUUGACCGCAAGAAAGAUAUCGUGAAGCUUCAACAUGGUGAAUACGUAUCUCUCGGGAAGGUGGAAGCUGCCUUGGCUAUGAGCCCAUAUGUUGAGAACAUCAUGAUCCAUGCCGAUCCUUUUCACAGUUACUGUGUUGCACUUGUGGUAGCAGCACAGAAUGAGCUUGAAAGGUGGGCAUUGCAGCAAGGACUUGCAUACACCGAUUUUGCUGAUUUGUGCCAGAAGCACGAGGCUGUUGUAGAAGUGCUUGAAUCUUUAACAAAGGCUGCGAAGCAAGCACGACUGGAGAAGUUCGAGACACCAGCCAAAGUCAAGCUGAUACCAGAUCCAUGGACCCCCGAGUCGGGCCUCGUCACGUCUGCGCUCAAACUCAAGAGGGAGGUGAUCAGGAAGACGUUUGAAGACGAUCUGGCGCAGUUGUAUGCCUGA